GAGAACAUCCGCAAGGAUCUAGCAGACUGGAUGGAGCUUUUCGCCGAGGACGGAGAAAAGUUCUUCUACAAUCGCCAUACAGAGGAAAGCAGGUUUGACGAUCCCCGCAUGGCCGUUUACCACGUGCUGUACGCGAGGAUAAAGAUGGUUGCCAAGAUGAAG